AUGCUUAUGAAAUUUUUAAAUAAGAAUGACAUGAUUUCCCUGGGUGAAUGUUCGGCCCAAUAUUACUUUUUUUGUUUCAGUGCAACCACAGAAGUUUUCCUAUUGGUUGCAAUGGCCUAUGACCGCUAUGUGGCCAUAUGCAAUCCUCUGCACUAUACAGUAGUGAUGUCUAAAAGACUGUGCACUGUGUUAAUCAGUAUGUCAUAUAUAAUUGGUUUUCUAAAUCCUGCAGUUCUUAUAGGACUAUUAUCCAGAUUAACAUUCUGUAGGUCUAAUAUUAUUGAUCAUUUCUACUGUGAAAUCUUGCCACUCUAUACAAUCUCUUGCACUGAUCCAUCACUUAAUGCAUUGGUGACUUUUAUUAUUGCUUCUUCCAUACAAAUCAGCACCUCUGUGACCAUCGUAGUCUCUUAUGCUCGUGUCCUAUUUGCUGUCCUGAACAUGAAGUCUAAGAGUGGCAGAAAGAAAGCCUUCUUCACCUGCAGUGCACACCUGCUCUCUGUCUCUUUGUUCUAUGGCACUCUCCUCUUCAUGUAUGUCAGUCCUGGGUCUGGACCAGGUAAAACCCAGGAUAAAAUGUAUUCACUGUUUUACACAGUUGUGAUUCCUCUGCUAAACCCCUUUAUUUACAGCUUAAGAAACAAGGAAGUUUUAGGUGCUCUAAAAAGAAUUAUAAAAUGA